GACGGGCCAUUGGAAGGUGAGAAGGCGUAGUAGAUAUCAAACCCAUGGAUCCUUAAUUUAUUUGCUUCGAAUCACACACACACACACGAAGUGGGCUUUACGUACCCCUCGCCUUGAGUCUGUCGACUGCCAAGUACCUCGCAGGAAGCAACAACAAUAAAAGCAGUAAUAUCACAGCUCAGUACGCAGUAUGUCGGCGAGCUUAUUCUAUAUGCGAGACUGGGCUGUAGGAGGUGAUGCAGUGACCGUGGCGCCAAGCAAGAAGCUGCGUGGUUAUUCUCCUACCCGCAAAACAGAUAAAGGAGGUAAACAAGUCGGUGCAAGAUCGGGCAGUUCUUCUGAUGGAGAGCGAGCAACUAUCCGCAGGUUGCACCGAGUGCAACGAGCACGUUUCCAAUAUACCCAUGGACUCCGUCUCUCACUUUGUUUCUCGAAUCUUUGUGCGUCGCUCCAGCAAAAAACAUCAGCGACGAUCUGCCGGUGCUGCUGCCGGUGCUACGCCUUCUGCUGCUGCUGCUCCUCUUCCUCCUUCUCCUCGGCAACCUAAUAACGCCGCCACCAACGCCACAUCUUCCGAGCAGAACCCGAUAGCCGAGCCCACCACUACCACAAAUACCACCACUGCCACAGUCGACAACCAACAACCGCAACCACAGCCGCUUCGCACCACCUUUAGUACUCCAGAGUCUUUUGAAAGUGACGAAUCGCCUGCAUCACCAAGGACAGAGAAUUCCGUCAAUGUCGACACCCUUGAAUUCGAUGCGUCGCGUGACCUAGUUUCUUUCCUCGACAGCGGCUGGUCCUCAUCUGUCAAAAAGCAAAAUGAAGCAAAACCCCAGUUGGCAUUUCCGGCUUUCGAAUACUUGCUGCACGAGCCACAACAGCCAAAACAGUCUGAAGAGCUGCAGCGUCCAGCAACGUCAAGUGGCAUGCGGAAUUCUCGACAGUUAUUUGGCACGUUGUCAAAGAAACCAAUAAACCUGUCGUUGAACAAACCAAAAUCAGCCGUCAAUUUAAUCAAGAGGAUCCGGUCUACGCCGAACUUUAAAGAACAACAGCGGCAACAGCAGCAGCAGGAACAGCAACAACAACAACAACAAGCAUAAAAGAUACUCCUUCUUUCUCUUUUCUAUCAUCUUACGUCAUAUAUAUAAUUUAUCCUUCUAGUGUAUACCUCUCUUUUCCCUUACUGUUUGCAUCUUAUAUGAAUACAUGAUUUGAACACAAAUAUUUAUCCCACCUUGUCCUCACAGACACGCGCACGGAUUUCUGAUCCCAUUACUGCUGCUGUGGGCAAAU